AUGAAUGCUGAGGAGCUUGCCCAACUUUUCCACCACAAAAAGAACCAGCCACUUUUCAGCAGCCUCUAGCAUCACUUCAGGACCUGAGCAGAAGCACCUGCCCUUUCCUCUGCCCAGAUGAGCUCAGCUCUACAGACUCUGUCCUGUCUGACCCUCAUCCUUCUUCUCUGGAACCAAGUGCCAGGGCUCCAGGGUCAUGAGUUCCGAUUUGGGCCUUGCCGAGUUGAAGGGGUCGUUCUCCCAGAACUGUGGGAGGCCUUCCGGGCUGUGAAGAGGGCUGUGCAAACUCAGGAUGCCAUCACAAGUAUCCGGCUGCUGAAGCCUCAGGUUCUUCAGGAUGUCUCGGAUGCUGAGAGUUGUUACCUUGCCCACAGUCUGCUGAAGUUCUACCUGGACACCGUUUUCAAAAACUACUACAGCAAAAUAGCUAAAUUAAAGCUCAUAAAGGAGUUUUCCACUCUGGCCAACAACUUUAUUGCCAUCACGUCAAAACUGCAGCCUAGUAAGGACGAGGACAUGCUUCCCAUCAGCGGAAGCGCACGCCGGAGGUUUCUGCUGUUCCGCAGAGCAUACAAACAGAUGGACACAGAAGCAGCUUUGGUGAAAGCCUUUGGGGAAGUGGACAUUCUCCUGACCUGGAUGCAGAAAUUCUACCAGCUCUGA